AUGGACGAGGAGGACCCCCAGCGGUCUCCGGCGUCGCAACAGCCUGUGCGAAGCUCGACACCCACCGACACGCCAUCCAAAGAUGCCGCGGAAUCUCACGCCGCCACGAAAGCGACGGAUGCGCGGCAGGCCGAUUUGACGAAACCGCCUCCGCCAUCCGCCCACUCCAUCAUCGACACAACCUUCACGGAUGUGCGCCCGGACGACAGCAUCAUGGACUCUUUUCAUGAGCAAGCACACGACGCCGGCGCUCUACCCGCACUCGAACCCCUUGACACUACAACUACUGACGUUUCCAACACCACAUCCUCCCUCGAGAAUCUCGACUCCUCACCAACAGCCGCUGCCGCCGCGCGCACGAUAUCGCGAGUUAUAUCGUCGGCCAGUGCCCACUCCCAGGGCUCCGUCAUCCGCAACCCCGGGGCGGGCGACGACUCCUUUUCCGCCAAUGACAAUGACGACGAACUCCCAUCCGGGCUCGACUUUUCUCGCUCGGCGCUCUCGAGCCGCUCGCUCGGUCUUCCAUCUGGCGUCCUCCCUAAGCAGAGGCGGAGUCCUAGCCCGACGAAGCAGGCAUUCGAUGCGGGGAGCACUCCCGGACAUGCUCUACAACAAAAGCCCAAGUACCUUCGGAGCCGGAACUCGAGCCAGCGCUCCUCCACCUCCUCGUUUACGAAUCCCGAUGCGGACGACGGCGAUAGCGACGUGACGGUCGGCCUAGCUCCAGAUUAUGGUAUGCACAUGGGUAGCAUGGCUUCUGGCAUCGAGGACUUGCACGAGAGCGGUGCCGCGAGCUCCAAGGGCUAUGAUCACCUGGAAACCCUCGACGAGGAUGCUAGCUUCCGAAUCGGAGAUAAUCCACAGGACGAUCUCCUGAGGACCCCGAAGCCGUCCAAGCAGAACCUCAAGGACCCCACCGAUACCGUCAUCGCCCGCCAUGUGCAAAACGUGCAGGUACCCGAAUCCUUGGCCAAAGAAUACAAGUUUCGCAGUGGGCUGGUUACGCCGCGCAAACCCUCCAACCUCACAUCGUCCAUCGGCCCUUCGCGUUCAGGUAAGAACCUGACGCUCAAGGAGCAGAGCAGCACGAUCGAGAGGCUGUCCAAGGAGAACUUUGACCUCAAGCUCAAGGUCAUGUUCCUGAGCGACCGCCUAGAUAAGCUUUCCGAAGAGGGUGUUAAGGAGAUGAUCUCGGAAAACGUCGAGCUCAAGACGAGCCUCGCCGUGAUCCAACGGGAAAACAAGGCUUUGCGUCGGCGGGUCAAGGAUCUAGAGAAGCAGCUCAAGGAGGAGGACGAGAGACCGAGCACGGCAAAAAGCGGUGCCUCGUCCAACUCGAACCAGUCCUUUGAGGAUGCCGCCGCUGCGCAAGAGCGCGAAGAGGAGCUGUUUUACCUCCGGGAACGCAUCGAGGAAUACUCGGUCGAGGUCGAGCGGCUGCGCCACGAGUGUAUGAAUAGGGAAAACGAGAAGCGCAAGAUGUCGGAGAUGGUACGAACCCUUGGCGAACGGAGCGCUGGCGAGUCUCUCGGUCGGCAAGAUGAGACCGACAUGUGGAAGGACCUUUUGGAGCAGGAGACGGCCCGCCGCGAACAGUCGGAUGAGGAUAAUCGAAGGCUGCGCGACGAGAUCUUCCGCAUGAAGCAGGAAAUGGCGGCUGCGGGCGGCAGCUUGCACCACACCACCAACAUUUACAACAUUACCAAGAAGAACCACAAUAGGGCGGGCUCCCCUUCGCGACCCGUGUCUGGCCUGUCCGGCGAUAUGGAAAGCACCAACGGCAUGAGCACGGCUAGCACCCUUAUCGAGGAGUUGCGCCGCGAGAGCGAGCAGUUGCGUCACGAAAACGCGGAGCUUCGUCGCGAGGUUGGCGCCCAGACGUCGAUGCUUACAUCGAGGAACCGCGAAAAGGAGCGCCUCUACCAAGAGAUCGAGGACCUAAAAAUGGCCCAGCGGCGGGGCGGCCCCGCGCCAUCCACCAUCGACACGCUACUCGAGAGAUCGGCAUCCCGCGCCGGUGCUCACCACCACCCGCAGCACCAGCGAUCGAUGUCGAGGAACAGCGGCACGACGAGGGUCACGAAUCCGCAGGACGAGGCCGAGCGAGAGGAGCUGGAGAAUCAGCUGGCCGAGUGUCGCGACAAGAUUAACGAGGUCAAGCUUCAGAACCAGGAACUCGAGCAGGAACUAGACAAGUGCAUGCAAGACUUUGAGGUGGCCAUCGACGGUAAACGGCAGGCGGAGGAGCUCGCGACGGCGCUACAGCAGGACCUCGAUACGACGAUGAACGAUCUGGUGGCAUUGCAGGCGGAGCGUGAUGAGGCUUUGCGGGAGCAAGCGGAGAUGGAGGCGGAGUUUGAGGCGCUGCGCAAAGAAGCCCAGACCGAAAUCGACGCCCUCGAAGCGGAUCUGGACCAGCGGGCAGAGGACUCGCACCGGUUGCAGCUCGACCUGCAGGACCGGUCCGAGAACUUUGCCGCGUUGCAGGAGGAGAUGCGCAAGAUGAGCGAUGCGCUGCUGAGGCUUGAGGAUGAGCAGGAGAACAAGCUGCGACGCAUCCAGGAACUAGAGCAUGAGCUCAUCCACGCCAACGCGGAGCUUGAGGACCUCGAGAACAAGCUUGCCGAGGCCAACGACAAGGCUAACCGCCUUGGGGUACAGCAGGAGUCGUCUCAAGGCGAGGUCGCGUUCCUGCGCGAGGAGCAGGAGGCGGACAAGAUUCGCAUCGGCAACCUGGAGGCGGAGCUGGCUGCUUCGGAGCAGUCGCUGCGGGACGAGCGGGACCGGGCGACGGAGUUGGAGCAGAGGCUGCAGGCGGAGCGGAGACAACGCGAGAUGGUGGCGAACCGCGAGAAGGAGGAGGUGCAGCAGCUCAUUAAUGGACUGAACCGGGAGACGUCGGCGGCGAGGGACGAGUCGCGCAGGUUGAGGAAGGCGUUGACGUCGCGCGAGGUGGAGGCGGCGGAGUGGAAGGAGAGGCUGAUGGAGCUGGAGGGCAAUUUGAGGGUGGCUCUGGGCGACUUGAACGGAACUAGGUCAAGUCUUCUCAACUCGAUUUCGGGCCUACAACGGCAGCUGGAAGACACAGUACGCGAGCUUGACGCAGCCAAGGGCGAUAUUGGGGAAAAGGAUAGGGCGCUCAAGCAGCGCGAUGGGCUUUUGGAGUCUCACGGACUCGAGUCCCGGCGACUAGCCGAGCUUCUAGAGAAGGAACGACAAGGCCACCGAACGACCAAGAGCCAGUUCGAGACGUUCCAGAAGACGCAUCACCACGUCAGCGUGACGGCGAACGCGCAGGAGGAGCGCAUCCACGAGCUCGAGAUACAGCGAGCUCAAACGCAGAAGCGACUCGCGAGCUUGGAGAGCACGUUCAAGGAGCAGCUGACGGAGCGCAACAACCUGCUCCUGUCGUUGUGGGCACGCCUGAGCGGCCUCUGCGGAAGCGACUGGGCGCACGAUAACAGCCUGAUCAACGGGCGGGCCCUGCCGUCGCUAGAGGCGGUAGCGACGAUGCUGCCCGGUUUCAGCAAGAAUCUGCUGGCGGCGGUCAAGACACUGGAAGACAUGGUGAAGGGGUUCAGGACACGAAUCAAGGGAGUGGAGCGGGAGCUGUGGAGAGAAUACCAGAGCCUGGAGAACGGGCUCGAAGUGCGAAUUAAGAAGUUGGACAAGCUCGAGACCAUGGUGCGCAACGGCAUCGCGUCCGGGUCGCUGAGCCGAUUCGGGGCAAGCAUGGUGGCGGCGGCGUCGUCGUCGGACGCGCAGACGCAAGCUAGGGCGGAUGCGCUGGAGGACGUUGUGAGGCAGCUGAGGGUGGAAAACGCGACGUUGCGCACGGCAAGCGACUCCCUCGCCUUCGAUACCGACGGGUCCGCGCGACAGGGACAACAGCCGGACGAGGAGAAACAUUUACACGAGCGCGGGCGGCACAACGACGACGACGCGGACGUCGACCAUGACGCGAGCGUCGACGUCGCACGGCGCUCCGCCGCCGCUCCCCGCCCCGGUUCGUCAGCGAGCCGGGAGGUGGUGCCGUCGGCGGCGGGUGACACGACGGGUGGGAAUGGAAGCGGAAGCGGUGACAAUGCGCUGAUGUUGAGGCUGCGGGAUAUGGAGCGCCGGCUGCGUACGGAAAGGGAGGGGAGGAACCAGGACCGCACGGCGGCGCGGCAGAGGCUGGGAGACUUGGAGAAUCAGAAUAGGGAGCUAAAGAGCGAGGUGGGGAGGAUGAAGAGGAUGAGCGAGGUGGAUUAG